AUGGUCUCGACACACUCAUGGCACGCGCUCGAGUCCGAUCCUGACUUGUGGCGUUCGUACGUAGAACAAUUAGGCGUACGUGCCAAUUCUCUUGAUUUUGUUGAAAUCUAUUCGCUCGACAACAGUGAUCAGCCAGAUGUGCCGAUAUUUGCCUACAUCUUUCUCUAUCCGCACGGUGUUUCAUCUCGUUUUCCUGCUUCAGACUCUUCUCAGGCUGACACUGACGACAAUGUAUGGACAAUCAAACAAAUACCAGAAUUGGACAGUUGUUGCGGUCUUAUUGCUCUUCUUCAUGCCAUUGGCAACAAUCGAGAUUUGGUUACAUUUGACCCUGCAUCUCCACUAGCUCAAUUUUUUGAGAAAACUCAAAUGAUGACUCCUGAAGAACGAGGAACAGCACUGUUGAACAAUAAGACAAUUCACCGUGUUCAUGAAGAAAUAGCACAACAAGGACAAACCGCAGUGGUCGAGAGUGGUAAGGUCGGUUAUCACUAUGUCGCCUAUGUUGUAUUAAAUGGAUCCAAAUUCUAUGAAUUGAAUGGCGGUGCAAAGGAACACCAAGAAAGGUUUAUUGAGUGCUUGGGCAAUGCAACAUUUUUCACGCGAGUCUGUCAUCAAGUCAAAGAGAAAGUGAAGGCACUCAGUGGAGAUAUUCGGUUUAAUUUAAUUGGAUUGGCACGAAAAUAA